AUGGCACAGCUGAUGGACGGUGCCGGCAAACUGAGCUGGGUUCUCCUCAAGUCUGUGAUGCGUUUCACCUUCAUGUUCUUCAACAACUGUGUGGCCAUCCCGUCCUACUGCUUGUACCUGCUGCUCCUCCAGCCGCUGAGAAUAUGGGACAGCUCCGCUUUCUGGCACAUCGAAGGAGUCAUGUUCAAAUGGCUGCUGGCCAUGGUGUCUUCGUGGGGCUGGAUCGCGGGCUACACAGUCACAGAGUGGGGUGAUGAUGUGCGGGACAUCUCUGAAGAAGAAGCCAUGGUCAUUGUCAAUCAUCAGUCCACUGGGGAUGUUUGCACUCUCAUGAUGUGCCUGCAAGACAAGGGCACGGUGGUGCGGAAAAUGAUGUGGUUGAUGGACCAUGUGUUCAAAUACACCAAUUUUGGUCUAGUGUCCCUGAUUCACGGGGACUUCUUCAUCAGACAGGGUAAAGCUCACAGAGACAAGCAGCUGGUCUACUUGAAGGAGCAUCUAGAAAAAUACUACCACAACCGCGACAGGAAGUGGAUAGUGCUCUUCCCUGAGGGCGGCUUCCUCAGGAAGAGGCGAGAAACCAGCCAGUUGUUUGCAAAGAAAAACUCUCUCCCUCACCUGACCCAUGUCACGCUGCCUCGCCUGGGGGCCACCCACGUUAUCCUGAAAACCCUGUCGGCUCAGCAGGAGAACGGAAGCGUGGGCAGCGACUCCGGGACCCGCAACCAAACAGUUAAUAAAAGUAAAGGCCUGCAGUGGGUAAUAGAUGUGACCAUAGCGUACCCCAAAGCGAGACCGAUGGACAUCCAGACGUGGAUCUUUGGCUACAGGCCUCCUACAGUCACACAUGUACAUUACAGGAUGUACCCAAUAAAAGAGGUUCCUAUAGAGGCAGAGGCCCUGACUGACUGGCUGUAUCAGAGGUUUGUGGAGAAAGAAGAGUUGUUGGCUCACUUCUACAACACAGGAUCAUUCCCUCCUCCAGAUGGCCAGAAGGAGGCAGCUUCCCGGCAGAUGACCCUCGACCCCGUGUGGCUGUGCAUGGUCCAGUCGUUUGCUUUCGCCUCCGGCUACAUGUGGUACAACGUCCUCCAGUACCUCUACUGCUGUUUAUUUUGAGCGCGCGGACGAGCCGGGAGUCUUUAUCGGACCACUGGAAAAGCCUCAGGAUCAGUCGCCAUGUGUGUGUGUGACCCGACGUCACACUUUAACCCCCUCCCUGUUCCCUUCGCCUCCUUUCUUCUACGAUGGAUGAAUGUACAUCUGCAGCAUUGGAGAGACCUGACAGGACUCGAGGAAAACAAACUAAGUCAUGAACACAGAUUUCAAAAGUCCAUAAAAUACGACAACGGUCACACGGAUAGGCAACUCGCACACAGACCCAACGCCACACACUCGCUCCCCUCACCGUUCACAUUUUAAUGUUUACACGUUCUCAUACAUGUAGACACUUACAUGACUUUUAGUGGAAGGCGACGAAACGAGGCUCAGGACCGGACUCGCUCCCCCCUCUCCGAGGCUUCAGCCGUUGUAGUUUUUCAGAGUAUGCAGUACGUCUGGACAUGUCCGUUCGACUAGAAGCUAAACGCCCUCACUCUUCUUCCUCGCGAGAGUCGCCGAAGACGCCCCCCCCCCCCUGGACCUCUCUUUGAGCCCGCCGAUGAUUCAGCUGGCUACACGUUGCAGGGCGGGUGGCUGUUUAAAUGUUGAGGCGACGCAGCCUUCAUUGCACUAAGGAUCCAUACUGCCCUAACUGCUCCCCGCCCCAGGAAAGACUUCGAAAUGGUAGCUGUCAAUCGUUUAAUUUAUUUUUAAUUUCUUCCUUUUAACCCGCAUAUCUUCUCAACGACCGCCAUUGUAUUUGUUGUCUUUAUUUUGGGGGGGUGGGGUAUGUUGUUUUUAAAUCAUCAGGACUGUUUCUGUCCUUGUGUCUAAUAAUGUGGCAGAGCUUGCUGAAAAAAGUGGGAUUAUGUUUCUACUUCUGCUCAGAAUCUAAAGGGAUUGUGGCUGUGAUUCGUCGCUAGAUGAAAGAAGACGGGACUUACCAAAACAUUUAUUUUAAAAUGAAUAAAAAAAAUGU